GACCCGCUGUGUGUUUGUGUGAGUGUGUUUGAAUGAGUGCGCGAGCUGACAGCAGCUGGCAGAGGUGACAGUCAUCAGUUUCAUUCAUUUUGGAAUAAAUGAAAAGCUUCAGAAUCCGGAUAUUUACAUGAACCAGCAAUGCCCUGUGUACAAACCCAGUAUGCAUCCCUGCCCCAUGACACCUUCUUCGGCUCUGAGUUCCUAAAUCCUGACCUCAGUGCCAGAGUGAUGAUGGACAUCGGGGGCCAAAAGGACCAGCUGUCUACAUCUUCGCUGCCCAGCAUCAACACCUUGGUAGGAAAUGGCUACGUGGGGGACUUUGAUGGCUAUUCUUGCAAGAUCACCACUUCUUCUCCCGCCUCUACAGUUUCAUUCAGCCACACCACUGUCACUGAAAGUCCUCAGAUGCAGAGCCAAGCCUUCAAGCUGGAUGAUCUCCAGGUGUAUGGCUGUUACCCAGGUUCCUUUGCGCUCAGCUGCCUUGAUGAAACUCUUUCCUCAUGUGGCUCUGACUACUAUGGCAGCCCGCUUUAUGAUGCGGCUUCUCCUCCAACACCAGGCUUCCAGACCCAGUCUGCACCUGUCUGGGAUUCCCCUUUCAGCCCCUACCCCUCUGCUACCCCAGCCUCUGUGGCUGAUAAAGCUCCCAUGGCUCAGCAGCUCUCCUUUUUCUCCUUCAGCCCCACACCAGAGCAGCACUCUCCCUUGGGGCAGCAUCAGGAUGUACAGCUGAACCAUGAUGACCCUUUCUUCCUGGCUCCGCAGCAGCAUGUCUCCCCACUUCGUUGUCCCUCCAUGCCCCUGGAACACAGAGCCCUGGAAAGCCCCAGAAGAGUGGAGGGGGCUGUGACGUCUCCCAAAACCCAGAACCCAGUAUCCAAUGAGGGUCGCUGUGCAGUUUGUGGUGACAAUGCAUCCUGUCAACAUUAUGGAGUCCGCACCUGUGAGGGCUGCAAAGGAUUCUUCAAGAGAACUGUACAAAAAAAUGCAAAGUACGUGUGCCUUGCCAAUAAAGACUGCCCGGUUGACAAGAGGAGGAGGAACCGCUGCCAGUUCUGUCGUUUCCAGAAAUGUCUCGCAGUGGGAAUGGUCAAAGAAGUGGUUCGCACUGACAGCCUUAAAGGCCGCAGGGGUCGUCUGCCCUCUAAACCCAAGACGGUGGCUGAAGCUUCAUCUACGACCCCCAGUGUCAACAUUAUCGCCUCUCUUGUAAAGGCUCACGUGGACUCAAACCCAAGCAUUGGAAAACUUGACUACUCCAAGUACCGGGAAGAAGUUGACAACCUGAAAGAAAAGGAAGAUGCUGAUGACAUCCAGCAGUUUUAUGAUCUUCUGACCGGUUCUUUGGACGUAAUAAAAACUUGGGCUGAAAAUAUCCCUGGCUUCACAGAUUUCAGCACCGAGGACCAGGAGCUUCUCCUAGAGUCUGCCUUUGUUGAGCUCUUCAUUCUGCGGCUUGCAUACAGAUCAAAUCCAGAGAAAGACAAGCUGAUCUUCUGUAAUGGUAUGGUCCUCCAUCGACUGCAGUGCGUCCACAGUUUUGGUGACUGGAUCGACUCCAUCAUGGAUUUUUCCCAGAGCCUUCACCGAAUGAAUUUGGACUUGUCCUUGUUCGCCUGCCUCGCCGCACUAGUUAUCAUCACCGAUCGCCAUGGCCUCAAAGAGCCCAAACGCGUGGAGGACUUUCAGAAUCAUCUCAUCACUUCUUUAAGGGAACAUGUGAGCAGAGGCGGAUCAGAAACGAGCCGCACACAGCCCAGCUAUCUCUCUCGUCUUUUGGGAAAACUCCCUGAACUGAGGACUCUAUGCACUCAGGGCCUACAACGAAUCUUCUACCUGAAAUUGGAAGACCUGGUACCCCCUCCACCAAUAGUGGAGAAAAUCUUUAUGGACACUUGGCCGUUCUGAAAACUAAAAGCAAGUGUUUUUUUUUUAAGAAAUAGACACCUCAAUUGAGGUGUUAACACUGGACUCCACUGGAGAACCUCAGUCUGUGGCACUGAUUUGUGUGCUGACAAUGUCUGACAUUGUUCAAGAGACCAUAUUUUUAUAACUUUAAGUUUUAAAAGUCAGAUAUGGUAUCUGGUAUCAACAGUUCAUGACAGUUUGUGUAUCUUUAGUGUGCAUUUUUAAAAUGACUAUUGCUGUGCUUGGUGUGUGGAUGUUGUCCUGUUAUACAGCCAGUAAGACAUGGUUAUCGGGUUGAUGCAAUGCACUGUUAAAUGCUCCGCUUUUUCUUAACACAAAAACACACUAACCUCUUAAAAAAAUCUGUUUCUGGCUUAGCUUUUUAAGCCCACUAAGAACCCUAGAUAGUAGAUUUUUUAAAAAACUACAAACAUUUACUCUUUCUUUACAUUUCUGUGGAAUCGUUGUUUUACUAAAUAGUAGAUAGUCGUAGGCAGAUUGCUCACAUUGAAGGAUUCGGACCAAAGUUUACUCUUUUUUUAUAUAUUAGCACUUACAAACCUUAUUGCCUUAAAGCUAAACAAAAAGUACUGCCAAAAUAACUCUUUUGCUGCUGUUUUGUGUCACCUUAUAAAGGCUGACGCAGGCAGUGUUCCUGUUGAAACACGUCCCAAUAAAUACUUUUUUUUUUUUGGCCUUAAAAUAAAAAAAGGGCUCACUGAAUGAAAACAGAAAGUGCCUUUUCUAAAAGCCUUAGCCUUCAAACCCCUAAUAAAUGACACUAAGAAUUUCAUUCCAGAUAUCACAAACAUAGCGCCCGAGAUAGUGCAGAGUUGAAAUUUUCUACUCCAAUGCUGCAGUCAGGAGUAAUUUAACUCAUGACUCAGAAUGAUUUCAGAUGUAUACGUUUUUGUGAAGUUCUGCGAGGUUGUUGACGACUGUCAGUAAAGAUCAUCUAAUACUUGAAACAUAUUUUACACUGCUAAACUGGAAGAACAUCAAGUGAUGACAGCUGGUUUCUAAUCUUCCAGAACUAAAUCCUAUUCACAUGUUCCUGCAGCAGUGAAAUGCAGAAGUACAGUAGAGCCAUGCAGCUUAAGAUUGAGUCAAAGCACAUUUCAGAGUCUCCUUGAGUCCAUUAUUAGACCCUGUACAGUGCUUAACAAAUUUAUUAGACCACCACCCAAAGUAAGGUUUAUGCCACAGCUGCCCUAACUUAACAGCAUUGGUAAUUACCAAAAUC